AUGAGUUUGUAUGGAGAAUUAGGAAGCGCUGCAAUGGAUGAGGAAAAUAAGGAGGAGUUCAGAAAACUAAUUCUGAAAAGUGAGAGUUUUAUCGAUGAUGUGCUACACGAGCAACUUAGAGAACGACAAAAAAAGAGGGAUGAAAUUCUGCAGGAUAUUUUUGACAUGGAAAUUCUUGUUGAAAAUCUUAAACUUUUUAUUAACAUUAAAGACCAAAAAGAAAUAGAGACCCUUACCUCGCUAGGUUGUGACAGUUAUGUUUAUGCUGACAUAUUAGACAAGAACAAAAUUUUCAUACAAAUAGGGUAUGAGUUUUAUUUGGAAAUGCCCCUUGAGGAUGCCAUAAUGUUCCUGAAAAAGAAGAUAAAUCUUUACCAAGACAAAGUGACCUACUGGAACAAACAAAUAUCACGCGUGAAGGCGCACAUACAAAUAUUAAUGAGAGCUAUUUCAAAUUUAGCCUGA